UGUAAUGAAUUGGAUUUUUAUUAUCUGAAGCUGAAGCCAAACAUGGAACUGUUAUGUGUAUCUUGCUAAACCUGAAUGGUGAAAUGUGCUAGAUGACUGAAUUUGGACUGGUAAAGGUGAAAAGUUUUAAAACAUCCAUGCUGUGGUCAGAAAGCAAACUGACGGAGCUAAAAAACUUUAUUUCUGUUUGGACACUAAAGAAUGACUAGACUAGAUCAUUCAUUAAACUUGGCAUAAUUUUGAUUUUUAUCUGAAAUAGCGCCACCUACAGGCGUCUCGAUGUAUAAAGACUGAUGGUAGCUAAUAAGUCAUGGAUUUUUUAUCUAACUUUUACAGUAGGAGAUUUUAGAGACCGAAUUAAAACAAAAUGGCUCCGUUAAAAUCAGGAAAAACGUAUUUUACUUUUUUACUUGGUGUGCUCCACGGAUGAUCUUCCGUUCACUCCCCCUCUCCUAAACUACUUUAAUGACGUCAGAUUCAUUCCCAGAAUGCCUAGUAACACGCAGGCGCAGAGUGGUGAGGUAUAAGGCAGCUCUGUGAUCAGAGAUGGCGGGCGACUCAGACCCCCUGGAAGAUAUGCUCUUUUCAGAGGUGGAUGAAAAAGCUGUCAGCGACCUCGUGGGCUCGUUAGAGUCACAGCUUAGUGGACAAAGCAGCUCAGCAGGUAAAGCUGACGGUAACGGAGGCGCUGGCUCUGCGGACCCGGCUAACCAUCACUUAGGAAAACCGCCACCAGCUCCACUGAGCACAACAACACUAGAACAACAACAAGGACAGCUUAAUAAACCUGAGAUGCGCCAGGAAAUGAACUCCAAAGACGCUAGUCCGGAUAAAACUGUCACAGCUCCUUCACCGGCCUCUGCUACUGUUUUUGGAGAGGCUCCCACCACUUCAGUGAACGUUGCUAGCAGCGGUUCUCAAUCACAUGGAGCAUCCGUCACAGCAGUGACCGCGUCUGGUGGGUCAACUUUGGCAUCACCGCCACACGACAGCAUCAGCACCGCAUCCAGCCGCAGCCCGAAGGCUGCCCCGAGCACAGGUGAGACGUCUGUGGAGAAAAACACGCCGAGGAAACGCACAGCGGCACCGAGGAGGAGCGCUUCGGCUCGGCUAAAGAGUUUGAACGGCGCAGCUAUAACGACGAGGCGGAAUAGCAACACGGCGGUGGGCGAGAACGUCAGCUCGCCGGAUACAACUCCAUCAAACUCCACCAGACCGGUCACAUCCUCCAUCAACACAUCGACUUUCACGCUGUCCAACGCAAGCCUCCCUGUGGGUCAGGCUGCCAUUGCUCUGGACCGGGGGACGCCCACCAUCGCUUUACACAGACUCCCCAGUCACAUAGUAGCCAGUAUAGCCCAGAACGGCAACGGGACCACGGUCUCGGCCCUGGCCCAGCAGGGGGCUCGUCCGGGAGCCACCAUCUCCUCUGCUUCCCAGGAGGAGCACAGCAAAUCCACCACGGAUACUGGGGCUUCCAACGCAGACGACUGUCAGUCCAAAAUUGUAAUGUCCAGCCAGUCCGGUAGUGUUAGCUCGGUGAUAAACUCUGUGUCCUCGGCUUCCUCUGCUGCUGUCACACCAGCAACAACCUCAACAGCAGCUCCAACCACCACCACUACUACCACCACCACCACCGUGAGCCCGCCUCUGAUCCCUGCCUCAACACCUGCCACAUGUGUGGCAGGUUUGGCAACCACGUCAGCAUGUGGACCAUCUCAGACCAUAUCUGUCACCACCACCAUCAGCAUGGUCAGACCCACAGCCCCCUCUCCCACAGCUGUUGCAGCCACCUCUGCACAGACUCAACCCCGUCCUGGACUUGCAGUGCCUCAAAGGAUUGUAGCCCCCCAGCUGAUUGUCAGACCUUCCCAGCAGCAGGCUACCAUUCAGCUGCCCCCUGGCUUUACCAUCCCAGCUGGGAUGGUGUUGAUGCGAACCGAGGUGGGACAACUGGUCAUGGUUCCUCAGCAGGCUUUUGCCCAAGGUCAAGCUCCAGCUCAGGCUCAGAACAACAUCUCACUGCGACCUGCAGGCCCUACCAGCGGGGUGGCCUUCAGAGUGACGACUCCACAGCAGUCUCCUGCGACCUCUCAGACCACCAGGCAGUGUUCUUUGACCCCAGCCAAGAUGGCGCCGGCUCCCUCUCCCACUUCUUCCAGCCCUGCUCUCCAGACCUCUUCAUCAUCUUCAUCUUUAUCCUCUUCUUCCUGUCCUGUACUCCGCCCUAAAGGCCCUGUGGCACCGGCCGUGGCAGUGGCGGCUCCGCAGCAGACCCCUAUGGUUAUAGCCCCCCAGGCCCCCACCCAGUCCACCCCCCAGCCGGUGCAGCCGGCACCGACGUGCGUCACGGCACCCCCAGGAGCUUCGGUCAUAUCCCAGGAAAUGCAAGAAAAUGUGAAGAAAUGCAAGAACUUCCUCGCCACGCUCAUCAAACUGGCGUCACACAACUCUCCUUUUCCUGAGACUUCCAAGAACGUUAAAGCUCUGGUCCAAGACCUGCUGGAUGCCAAGAUCGAACCUGAGGAGUUCACCAGCCGGCUGCAGACUGAGCUCAAGUCGUCUCCGCAGCCUUACCUGGUGCCGUUUCUCAAGAAAAGCCUCCCGGCCCUCAGGCUGUCUCUGCUGAAUAGUCAGCAGUCCCUGACCCAGCCCCUGCAGCAAGGAGUCAAACCAGCGGCCGGUGGCACCCCUCCUGCUGCCAUCGUGGCUGGGCCGGCUGUCCGCAUACGGCACCCUAACAGCGUCAGCACCACCGGUGCGCUGCCUGCUGGGACGCUCGGACACACAGCUGCUAUGACUGGAGGGACUGUUGGUGGACAAGUCCGGAUGCCCAUGGUGAUCACUCAGUCCAUCAGACCACAAGGCACAGUGGGGAAGGGAGCCAUCAUUCAAGCAGGCAGAAGUCCAAUGGGCCUGCCUGUUCAGAUCUCUGCCAAUCAGAAAAACAAGCUGAACGACCCCGGAGGAGGCUCUUUCAGAGACGAUGAUGACAUCAACGAUGUGGCGUCCAUGGCCGGGGUGAAUCUGAACGAGGAGAGUGCGAGAAUACUGGCGACCAACUCUGAGCUGGUGGGAACGCAGAUCCGCUCCUGUAAAGACGAGGCCUUCCUCCACCCGGGACUGCUGCACCGACGGAUCCUGGAAACCGCUAAAAAGUUUGGAGUGACAGAAGUUUCCACAGAAGCAGUGACAUUCAUCUCACAUGCAACACAGUCACGACUCCGGACUCUUGUGGAGAAAGUUUCUAUCAUCGCCCAGCAUCGACUCGACUCUUGUAAGGACGACGAGUGCUACGAGCAGUCGGGAGACGUUCGCUCGCAGCUUCGCUUCUUCGAGCAGCUGGAGAGGAUGGAGAAGCAGAGGAAGGACGAGCAGGAGAGGGAGAUCCUUCUGAAAGCUGCUAAAAGUCGCUCCAGGCAAGAGGACCCAGAGCAAGCUCGGCUGAAACAGAAAGCUAAGGAGUGGCAGCUUCAAGAACAGGCUGAGAUUAGACAGCGAGACGCCAACCUCACGGCGCUGGCUGCCAUCGGACCACGAAAGAAACGUAAACUGGACUCACCGGGGACCACGCCGACAGGGGCCGAGGUUCCCAGCAGCGCAGCGGGUUCUCCGGCUGGCUCCUCCUCCCUCACCUCCUCUUCCCGUCAGUACGCACGGCAGCGCAUCACUCGUGUCAACCUCAGGGACCUCAUAUUCUACAUGGAGCAGGAGAGAGAGACCGCCCACUCGCUCCUCCUCUACCGAGCCCUGCUCAAGUAGCCUCCGCUCCGCUCGGCGCCCUCCUCCUCUCCAGCCACGUGCCUUCUGAUUAGGUUUAUGCUCGGUGUCUUCAUAUGUCCUGUAGUGAAGUUUGAUGUCGUUUUUGAUAAGAACAAACACAUUCGGGGAUAAAAUUCCAGGUGUUGGUCCCGGUGGUCCCCGUUGGCAGAUUUCCCAUUAAAGGCCAUAAUCUGUUUGUGUCGGAGGUUUUAGGCCCACGGACCGACUCUAAACUUGCUCCGAGUGAGUUUAACAGGUCACGUUAGUGACAUAGAACCUAAACUCGAUGAUGCGAUCGUUGAUUUGCCGAACAAAGUUUGACAGAUGUUGUCUCGCUACACUUGAUACGCCAUUGAAGUCACUUAGCAGAGUUAUCGUGCGUUUCCUCGCCGUCUGUGUAAAUAGUUCAUCUGAAUUAUUUUGCAGCAUGUAUAUUUUAUCAUGAACAAUCUUUGCAAGAAAACUAGCGUUUUUUCCUCCGAGCAGACGGGAUGAUUUUGUAAAAAUGGCUCUGAAGGCGUCUGACUUAGUUGCUUUUAUUAUGUAGAGUUGUAAUACUUCAGGACCCCCCCACCCACCUACCCACCCACCCACUCUGAUAAG